CCUCCUCUCAGGAUCCUGCUGGCAAUGUGAAAAUCUCCUUAGCGGUGCCCUGUGCCUCCACCAGCUGGGGAAUAUAGGGCUAUUGUUCUGGAAGAAAGGACUGCUGAUACAGAAGCUGUGCUAGAGUGUGGGAAGAUGACUGUAAGGAAAAGGCACGAAGUACUGUUCAGAAAAUGCUAAUAAUACUGAAGUAAAACUUAACUUCUCUCUGCCCUCCAAAGGAAGGAUCUCUUCUUUCUGCAGCAGCUGAAGGAUGAUCCAGUCCAGAAGUAUAAGAACAGUUGGAGGAAGAUCCAAGCCCAAAUGCACUGUCCCAAGAAUGACUUACAAAAGGCAGAGGUUGCUUCUUGGAAGAUCAUCCCGGUGGUGUGAGUAGCAACUUGUGGAUUCUUGCUGUGUUAGAGAGCACAAGGUGAAUAACAACCAAGAUAAAGUCUGAACACCUGUAAGUGCCACACCUGGUCUGACAGCCUCGUAAGUCAAAAACAGGCUAGCAGCUCUCUGUGUGGUCCCCUUUGGCUUCUCUCCCUGCUUCAUAGCCUGUCAGUCUUGGAUUGUUUUCACCUGCCUGUACAAACUUUCCCCAGCUGGCCAUGGGAGAUCUGAGAUGAACCUGCGAAUGUCUAGUAGUAAGCCGAAUUCAAAAGAUGUUUUCGUUUUAUUCUGCUGUUGAAUACUCUCCCACACGUUGUUCCUCCUCCCUCUGCCUAUCCUUCUCCCCUUAGCCCAAAUCUCCAAGGUUGGGAGUGCUGCCCUGCUCUCCCCUCAGGCACAGUGGCAGCCAGAGCUCUGCAGCUGUUGCCUUCGUUGUUUUAUGGGCAAGAUUUUUCCCUCCUGCAUGUCUUUUUUUUUCCUCCUGUUACGCAACUGCAUUUCAUGAUUUUCUUUGCUACUGAGCUGUGCUGUGCCAUGGCCUGAGGGAGUAGCUUGAGAAGGCUGCUGGGAACCUGCGUGACUUCUGCUCCCAUCUGAGGAUGGGGAUGGGAGUCUGGGGAAAAGAGGAGCCAUCAUGGUCUAUGGUUUUGAGACUGGGGGCAAGGGGAAAGAAGGCAUUAGCCAAGCCCAGGAGUUCAUCUCCGAGGUGAGCAGGGAGUCUGAAGCAUCUAGAUCAUAGUGGCAUUAUUUAUGAGGACUUGCAGAUGUAGAAUUGGAAAUGAGCAGGAGUCCAAAGGGGAUUUGGGUUUGUUGGUACAGCAGCUGGGACGAAAACUGACAGUGCCACAGCAGCACAUGCAUAACAGCCAUCCCUGGGCCAGGCUGAUGUGGUUUUCCUUUGGGAGGGAGGUCUGUUUUCCAAGCGUCCUGAACCCUGAGUGCAGGGUUGGCGACAGGCAUUUACAAGUUUGUUCCCAGUUCUGUCACACAGUUUUACAAGAUUGGACGAGUUUCUUUCCCUGUAGGUAAACUGAGGCACAGAAUAAGUAAAGCCAACGCUUAGCAAGGGGAGUUAUGAGUGUUGGUACCGUAAUUCGAAUGGACUGUAGAAUACAGUGAUGAGACACGCUGGAAAUUAAAAACAUUAUAUAAAUUUUUUCUUCUUCCAAAGCACAAAAAAGGAUUUAUUGAUUUUUUCUGCAGGUCAGUGAGUUUCUCCAGAAAUCUGCCUCCCCUUUCUCCAAGUAGCCUAAAGAUGAUUUUGGAGAAGUCUGUGCUGCUAACCUGGUGGCUCUUCACUCAUGACAGCUCCAGGAGCAGUCUUGUAGAAACCCAAAAGCAUCUCAGAAAAGAGCUGAGCUGCAAGGCUAGGUAGAGGGCGCCAAGGGAGCUGGGGACCAUUGCAGAAAACCCUCAGACCAUGGAAAUGUUUGAAGUGCUGGACCUCCUGAUGCAUCCUGGGGCUUCCUCAUGCUUGAAGGCUCACAAAACACUUGAAUGAGAAGGGAUGUUUUCUUGUUCAUUUUUCCUUGUACUUUAAAUCCCCUCUGGACUUCACUUGUGUUGCCAGCAUGUCAGUGCUGUGGCAGCAGGAGGAACUCCUCUGACAGCCAUAUAGCUGCAAGGGAGAAGCUGCCUUGCACGCAGGGAAGAGCACAGUGUCUCCCAAGCCCUCGCUCAUUUAAGUCAUGUGAAUGGUGGUUCGGAUAUUUCUUACCCCUGGGCUCUCCCUGUCUCUCACCUUAAGUCCCUCCUCACAGCUCCCUCCUCCUGUGCUGGAAGAUCUAUGCUGUCACAAGGGAAAAACUGCUGGUUUUAUUAAGGGAGAGAGCAUGUACCAGUGCCAGAAAGCAGCAAAGGGAUGGAUUGACUGUUCAGAGGGGCAGGGAAGGUGGGGAAAACUGCUCCUGAAUGUGCCUGUACCCUGCCCAGAAGGAGCUGGUGCUGGGGGCCAAGGAAGGAAUCAACUCUUUGGUUCUUAGGCUCUGUUGAGUGUCAUACCACCAUUGGGUUUGGGUGCCAACAGGGGGUCUGUGGUAUGGGCAACCCAUUGCCUCUUUCAUCAGCUGGGGCACCCAUAUGUUCCACGGAAGGAGAAGACAUGUCACACACAGUGCACUCAUUGCUGCCGUUAUGUCUGGUCUGUUCUGACACUUGUGCCUUGUCUGCAAGCGCUCAGCAUGCAGCCACCAUCUGCAGCACAGAGGGAAGGUGGGGGGGAAGACUUUGGACAAGAGCCACCAUUUUCCCUUGUUAUCAUGGCUUCAUUCCUAUUGUCUGAGAUACCCUUGCCAUCAGGAACAACGGCUGAACCUGAAUUUCACUGUUGCUCUGGGAUGUGAUAGCUGGUAUGGUGCCUGCGCGGACCCAAGGAAAGGUGUCCCAUAUCCCAAGUAAGCAUAGAGGCUGAUCACUCUUAACUACAGUAACUUGUUUUUGUGGUGCUUCUCUUCCUCCUCUAUCAGCCAGCUUUGAAUAUAUUAAAAAUGUUGCUAGGCAAAUAUUCAGCCUCGGUUGCUGCUCUAACUGCAUAUACGUGCUUCAACUCUGCUCCUUGGCAUCCCGUGCUCUAGGGAGGACUCUCCGCUCUCCAGUGCCCUGGCAGCACGGCGCUGCCUGCUGUGACAGUGCUCCCCCUUCUUGUUAGCAGGGUCAGGCUGGACUGUCCAGCCAGGCUCUGGUGAAGCUCCACGCCUGUGAGUUGUGACAACAGGCUGAAAUGUCAGAGUAGCUUGUGCAGAUACAUAUAGGAUGGCACUUCACGCUCUUUACUGGUGUGCUUGAUGAGCUGCAAGACAGCUAAAGGUUACUGUUUGCGUUUGCACUGCUGGGCUUGUGUUUGCUGCCCUCCUCAGAUUAACCCAGUGUUUCCCUCUGCUCUGCUAGCUGCUCCUUCAGACUUCUUGCAGCUUCAGCAGUUAUCAUCACACUGAUUUAUCAUCAGUCCCCAGUGUUAAUGUUUUCUUUACAACCAUACAGCUAAGAUGCUGUUUUUAGUGGGUGCUUGCUGUGGACCAGAAGAUGGUGGCCAACAGCAGGAAGCACUGUGGGCUGGCAGGUACAUGUUCCAACCCCCCCAGCCAUGAGAUGGCCUCGCAGCUCGUGACUUUUCUUUAUUAUUGAAUGCUUUCUAUUUAUUCCCUGUUCUCUAAGACUAUAGAUGCUUAGAGAUUAUAUGCUUUUCAGGCUUUUCUUAGUUAUCGUGAAAGGUAAAAUGCUGUAUCUUUAACAGAAGCCAUGACUUAACAGAAACCAUUUGCAUUUUUCCAGGACUUGGGAACCUUUGAUAUUAAGUCUUUCUAGCAAUGGCCUUCAAAACACAGCAAACUUUGAACAUCAGGUCUCAGUAGCCAGACAUCUAAAGCAUUUGCAAGACUCCCUAGUCCACCUGACAGCUCAAUUUCUUUCUACGUUUGUUGGACUCUUCAAGAGGACUGGGUUCUCCAGCUUCCUCUAAUGUAUAUGGAGCUUUUCCUAUACAGCAUCUUGUCUGGUCUGCACUGAGAGUGCGGGGUCUCAAAAGCCUGAGAAAACAGGUAAUUUAUUCCGGCACUUGCAGAGAUGUCUCAGGUGGCUUCCUACUGUCACUGCAGUCAGUGCUGUCACUCCAGCUCUUAAGGAGAAAGGCUCCUGGGAGACGGGCUGGGGCUGAUGAAGUAGCAUUGUGGCUUUGAACUUGUCUCCUUCCACAGAUUAUUUUCAGUACUCCAAUAAGAAAAGCCUGCUUUCUGCCUACCCUGAGUCAGUGUGCUCCUGGGUUGGGUCAGAGGCUGCUGUCUUCUCUCCUGAUUACAAGAAGUAAGUCUGAUGGAUAGAACCAGAACUUGUAAUAAGAUCAGCACAAUUGGGAUUUCAGAGCAGACUCUGAUGGUUUCAGUAAUAUUUGUGCUUUUGUGUUGCUCGCAUCCUUCUGAAAAAAACAUUACUUCCAUGACUGCUCUGGCUCUCCUGCCUUCUGUUGUGCUGCUUGAGACCUCACUUGCCCCUUCUCUUUUUGUUUCCUCCAUGCUGCCUAACUCCUGGGGCCAAAUUAAAAGCAGUGUUUCCCUUUGUCUGAACACUAAAGAGAAGCUGGGUGUCCUGAAGAUGUUUCACAAAGAUGACAUGUCUUUCUGAUCUGUUAUAAACAACUUUGCCUGGUUCAGCUGGCUUAAUUAGCCUUAAAUUAAACCAGGGUCUAGACUGCAUCUGCCCAUGGAGAUAGCAGGUGGCUGUGGGGCAUCCUGAGUCUCAGUGGAAGCAGCCAAGAGCAGGAGGAUGCUGUAGUGCUGGAGCAUCGCUGAGCAAAGUUACGCUUGAUCGGCGAGCCAGCCCGGCUGGGUCCCGGUGGUCCCCUCCCUCGCUCUGCUCUGCCGUGCUGCUGCACUUGUAAAAUCGGGCCCAUUGGAAAAUGUCAACCAUGAACGAGCUGAACUUUCUACUCUGCCCUGCGGCUGCGAGUCCUGCGGGGGUGGUUGGGGAUUUUAAUUUUUUUUUUUUUUCCAUCCUUUCCCUGAGUGUGAAACCCAAAGUGAGCCCUUCCUUACCAGGAGGCGGUGGGGAGAAGCCCCGGGUGGAGGAGAGGGCAGGGGGCAGCUGGGGUGCCGGCAGCCUGCAGGGGGCAGCGGGCGGGGCGCGGGCGGGGGGCGCGGGGGCGGCCCCCCCAGGUGAGCGAGGGGCGGGCGGCUGCCGCUCGGCGGCCCCUCCGCCCCGGCCAUGGAGAGCGGGAUGCUGCUGUCUGGCGGGCAGCGAGCGCUGAUCCGGGAGAGCUGGCGGCGGGUGAGCGGCAGCCCGGUGCAGCACGGCCUCGUCCUCUUCACCAGGUUGUUUGACUUGGACCCUGACCUGUUGCCCUUUUUCCAGUACAACUGCAAGCAGUUUACCAGCCCUCAGGAGUGCCUCUCUGCCCCUGAAUUCCUGGAUCACAUCAGGAAGGUGAUGCUGGUAAUUGAUGCUGCUGUGAGCCACCUGGAGAACUUGUCCUGCCUGGAGGAGUACCUCUGUAACCUUGGCAAGAAGCACCAGGCAAUUGGUGUGAAGGUCGAGUCUUUCUCGACUGUUGGUGAGUCCUUGCUGUAUAUGCUGGAGAAAUGCCUUGGCACUGCCUUCAGCCCAGAUGUGCGGGAUGCUUGGAGCAAACUCUAUGGUGCUGUGGUGAAAGCCAUGCAACGCGGCUGGGAGACCCUCCCAGAAGGGGACUAGAUCCUGCCAGCCAUCCCCAUCCCUGACCACACAGUGGUCCUGGGCAGAGCGAGUGCUCAUGCCAUGCUCUCUGCCUCUCUCCACCUCUGUCUUUGUGCACCAGCCCAUUGCUAUGUCCUACAGCCACGCGUGCUUCAGGGCUCUCCCAGUGAUUCCGCCUUGCUUCGACAUGACCACAUCUCUGCGUUUGCUAAGGGCUGGCAGGGUACAUCUCUACAGCAAAGCCUAGGAGUGCCACAGCACAGGUACACCACCCUGCCCCAAGUUCCUUUGGGCUAGCUGGAGCACCAGUGCACAUGAUUCUGGUUUUCAGCUGGCUCAUCUUCCUCCUCUUUCUCCCCACCCUAGUUAGAUGACAGUUAGUGUAGGCCUCUUAGGCCUAUUUGCCCAAAAUCCUAUUUGCUGUGCUCACGACCUGCCAGGUCUGGCACUGCUCGCUCGUCCUGUACUGCUGUACCUGGUUCAGCUGUGACAGUGGUGGAUUUGGCCUCUUCCAGGGGCAGGGGCAGGGGCAGCAGAGGUGGGAGCUGGCUGUGCCAUGUGGCCAUCCUCUCCAAACCUUGCAGGGAGCUCUGCCCCCUCACCCUUCACCAAUAUGUCACUACCAGAUGGUUAAUCCUGGUGCUCUCUUCUGCCUUGCCUCUCCCUUGGAUGGAAUCCAUGGCUUUUCCUUGUGUCAGCUUGGCCACAACUCAGUGUGUUUCCUAGAGACGCUUCAAGCAGUGGGGUCAUGUUAAUCCUGAGGUGAGGCUGCUUUUAGCAGGUCUGGGCUGCCAGCUGAAAGGCUUUGUGUUGGUUUGGCUGGUUGGUUUAACCUCAGAGCCAGCUGAAAUGCAGCAGUGGUGGCUCUUUACUGCUUUGUGUUAAGGAGAAUAAAGUAAAUAUAUGGAAAAGAUGUCUUAAAAUAAAAAUUAAGGUUGUAAUCAUGUCAUGGCAACAGCUUCCAGAAAUCAUUCUGGCUCUUGGCCAGAGGAAGCAUGGCUGGAAUUUCUCUGCUGAUGCUGUCAGGACCUGGAGCGCUUCCCAGCAGCACACAGUGCCCAUCUGCAGAGGUUCUCACCCUUUAGUAAUCCCUCCCACCCAUACUAGAGAAACAGCUACUUCAGAGCAGACCAAGGCACCCAGUUAGGUGUGUGCAGCAGUGCUGUGUCAGACAGGAGAGAGAAGAUGGCAUCUGCCAGAAGAAAUAGCAGGAAAUGUCUGAGGCAGCACCCAAGGGCUUUGGGGGAGCUGAACGUGAGCACUUUGAAGAAGAGUUCAUCUCUGUGGGAAAAUUGCUGUGGGACAGGCAGAACUAUGUUUUGAGCCAUCACUAGCCCCAGGGCAAGGACAUGGAGCAAGUAUUUAGUUACAGGCAGUGCCCUUUUUUGCUGCUCCUUCAGGGCAGAAGGAGCCUGGUGCUGAGGGCUGAGAUGGUCCUGUUCUAGAGACAUAUUCGUCCUAUACUCAGACAUCUACCCUGGGACAGGAGAGGGCUGCCUGCUCCCUGUAGGUGCAGCUGAGGUCUCCCAGCCCCAUGCCAUGGAGGGGAUGAUGGGGUGCCCUGUGAGACAGGGCUCUGCUUCCCUGCUGACCAUGGGCUCCCAGCAAGCAAGGAGCCCUCCAGCUGUGUUUGGGAGGGGAGCUGAGGGGAGUUGUGGAACAAUGAACAUCCCUAGGAAAGGAUGCUCACUGUCCUCCUCAUGGUACCAGGCUUCGCUCCUGCAGUCCUACAGCAUGGUGGUGUUGUGCAUCCUGGUCCAUGGCUCUCUCUGUCAACUGGGUCAGGUGAGGUCCUCCCCAUUCUCACGCCGUGCAGUGAGGGCUGGGGGAACACACUAGCUGUGACAGCAUGGUACAGGGCAGGAGGGUUUGGGAAUGGGGAUGUCCUCUUUGCAACCCUCUUCUGGGGCAUCAGUCUUUGGCAUUACGGGGGGGGACCUUUAGGCUCUGUGUGACAAGUAGGUAGCUGUGUGAUGGGUGGGGUGUUGGUGUUACUGCCGCAAAACAUCCCUGCUCCUUCUAGCUUUCCCAGCUCCUUGACAUCUCUUCUUCUGUACCAUGUUUUGUGUAACUCCCAAGAGAAGUGAACUAGUCUGCGUGCCUCUUAUACCCAGCUGUUCUGUUUAAUAAAGAACAACAGUGAGUCUCA